UCUGAACUAUCAUCGGAAUUCGGAAUGCCAAAGACAAAAAAAAAACACACACACACAAAAAAAACACAAAAAAAUAAAAAAACUCAAACGUAAGCAAGCAAACACAUACACACAACAAACACACACCGGCAGAGCCAAUUCAGCCAAAACCUCAAACGCUCUCUGCUCUUUCCCCUCCACUGUACUACACAAAGCUCACACGCAGUCCUCCAGGGAGAGUGGAGAAAGUAAAGUAAAGCAAAGCAAAAGAAAAACCAGUUGGGAAGAAACCCCAACACCUUGAUAUAGUUCUGAGCUGCUUGAGGGUUCUCUGAUUUGCUUAGGGUUCUCUUCCCAUUCCCCCCGCCCACAAACAAUCCGCGGAGCCCCACUAGGAAAGUUGAAGUCUUUCCUUUCCCCUCCCACCGGAUUGAAAGAACCACGAAAUGCAAGUUCUCAUUUGAAACACGAAUCAACUGAGAAUCUCCCACGAUCUCUCUCAUUCUCCUCCAAGGUAAUGCUUUGACCACAUUUCCUUUCAAAAUUCCGGAUAUGUUUUAGUAAAGUCGUUUCCUUUUCCGCCAUUGUGCAUUCGAAGUUGGUGCCUUUGAUUUCUGCUACUAGUGAGUGCUUUUUUCCCUCACUGAUGGGUCUGUUGGUCCGGUUUCGGCAUUGAAUUUGGUCUCUGGGGUCGUUUAAGCUAGUCCGCAUUUGCUUACCAGUUUAAUGCACUCUGGGGUUUGGGAUUGAUGACCAGUCAGAUCUGGGCUAUGCUUGGAGGCUCUGAAUCAGCUUCCCUCUUUCCAUUUAGAGUAACGUAGUAGGCUUUAGAUCCGUCCAUGUAGGAUGUUGCUGAGCAUUCCCGCAUUUAGCACUUGGUGGAUUCCGGGCAUUACCGUCUUAAUUUGAUUGUUUUUCUUGUAUGACAUUUUCCUAGUGGCAAUAUGGGUGGUGUCUAGAUUACUGAUAGCUACGAAUCCUGAUCAUGAAUGAUUUGAACGAUCUGCAGACUCUGUGUACAGGAGUGAAUAUGUUUAUGGUGGGAUUAAGAACUGAACCGGUGGCUUAAGCUUAUUAGAAAGAAGGCAAUGAGGCCUGAUACAUCUCUUGAUUAUGCUGUGUUCGAACUGUCCCCAAGGCGCUCACGGUGAGUAUUAUCUUUGUGGGAUUUUCUUCUUCUAAUGCCUAUUUGUGGGCUCUUAUUGAUUAUUGUUCCUUUAAUAUUGUUUUGGCAGAUGUGAGCUGUUUGUAUCGAGGAAUGGGAUUACGGAGAAGCUUGCUUCAGGACUAGUCAAGCCAUUCGUGACUCAUUUGAAGGUUGCAGAAGAGCAGGUUGCGCAGGCAGUUAAUUCGAUUAAACUUGAAGUUGGCAAUCGUAGAAAUGCCGAGACUUGGUUCACCAAAGGAACACUGGAGAGGUUUACCUGCAGACCUAAUCUUCGUUGUUGUUGAUUAUGCCAAUUCUUCUCUUGUUGCAUUCAACAUUUGAUAUUAUUUACAUUCUUUUCUUUUUCAGGUUUGUGCGGUUUGUCAGCACACCCGAGGUUUUGGAGAUGGUGAACACAUUUGAUGCUGAGAUGUCCCAAUUGGAAGGAGCUCGGAAAAUAUACUCUCAGGUAAUAACUACCAUUUGGUCUUGCAGAUUGUUUUUGGUAUAGGUAAAUGGGCCUUUUCACCGAUUUCGUACUUUCUCGUUCAGGGGAUUGGAGGCCAGGUUUCUAGUUCAGGUGUGUUCUUCUGUUAUUGGCAAUCUAAUUCCCUGAAGAUAAUUUUGACUUUGUUAAAGAAACAAAAAUGCCAUGUUUCUUGAGUAAUUUCAAGCUCAUGAAUUAUGUUACUGCUUAUCCACAAUAAUAAAAUGUUAAUUCAUCUUAUUCUUUUCAUUUCAAAUGUAAUGGUUGGGUUGCAAUAGCCAAUAGGUGUGAAAAUCCAUAACUUGCGAUUUUCAGCUAAAUAGAAGCAUGUGGAAAUGUUUUUUUUUUUGGUAGAAAAGCAUGUGGAAAUGUUGCUACAUUAGGAAAGAGUCUGGUUUAGGUGCAAUAUGGUCUGAUCUGGCUGAAAGCUGUUUUGUAGCCAGGUAUGCUUAUUUCUUCCCCUGACGAGAAACAAUUAGUGGACUGCUUAAAGCAGUCUCCUUUAUGAUGUUUCUAAUGAACGAAUUUAAUGUAGUUUCAAAUGCUUAAGCUUGUUUCUUUCCACGAUGUUUCUAAUUAGGGGGUUUCUUAAAGUGCUCUCCUUUAUGGUGGUUGUAAUGAGAGGAUCUAAUGUAGUUUCAAAUGUUUUUGCCAUAAGCUUAUUUUAUAAAUGUAUGAUACAAUGGAAAAGUGGGAUCAGGAUCUCCUAUUGAAUAUCCCUGUGUGCAGUCUUUGGCUUCUAUUCGAUUUGUUGAUAGGGAUAAGGUAUGCCUGGUUGCAACUCAAGCGAGACGGAUUAAUCAGGAAGAAAAGAAAAUGUCUCACAAGAGAUGGAAGGGGUUUGGUGGUUGGAACUACUUGGAAGUGUUUGCUGGUCAAUAUUUCGUGGCAUUGGUCUGAAGAUGGUACUGGCCUUGGGAUUAGAAUUGUGUUUUGAGAACUUGAAUCAUUUUUGUGUUUCAGUUGCAAUGUUGCUUGCUUGAGAUUAGCAAUGUCUUGGGAAGAGUUGAGAAUAGGGCAGCCCUUGAGUGCCUCUGCAGAGGUUUUCAUUAAAGGGGUGAAAACCAAUAGGCGCAGGGUGGUCUAGCCAUAUGGAACUUUGUGACAAGAACAUAUUAGUCUCCCUGUCAGCCAUAGUGCCACACAAUGAUGUUCCUGGGGGCUGAUAAUUCAUCAAAUCUGAAGCUUGGUGUGGAAAGGCCGUGGUAUUGAUAUAAAAUGGGGGAAAAGUAAGAUUAGGGGUCUUUGUCAUCACAGGAACUUCAAUGUGUUUUUCAUGUUCGUAUCAAUCACAUCUACUUUGUAGCUGAGAAAUAAAUACUAGGUGUCUCUUACUAUGUUUGCAUCCUUAGCUUUGGGCCUGUAGGCAUCUUAAUUUACACUGAAUUUCUCUUGCACAAUAUAUAUAAAUUUUGUUUUGGUUAUGUGCUGUUACUUGUACGCUUACUGGUUAAUUGGAUAACUGUCCAGGUGAGGAUGGUACAGGCUCCUUGGGAGGAGCUGAUGCAACAAAGUAUGUCUCCCUAUCCCAUUUUCCUGUUUUUCAUUUUAACAAAGUGUGGAUUUCAGCUGUGCUGGAAUUUAUGUUUCUUCGUCGUGAUUGUUCGUAAAUACCAUGUAGGUUUGAACAUGUUCACUUGAUGUCGACAGGUGUAAUCAUGAACAUCAGUGUUUACUUUAAGUUACUUUUCAUGCACUUGCUAUAAAAUUGGAGCUGUUUUUGUUAUUGUAUUAACUGAGAUGGGUUUCCUAACUGCCAUUUCUGCAGGAAAGAGCUUCUGAGGGCAAUAGAUGUUCGGUUGAGUGCGGUUAGGAAGGAUUUAGUUACAGCCUGUGCUCGUGCUUUAGCUGCUGGUUUCUACCCUGAAAGUAUAUUGGAACUCCAGCUCUUUGCAGAAUGCUUUGGGGCUUAUCGUCUUAAGUGAGUGCUUUGGUGACUCUUGGGAAUGUCGCAGAAGUUGUCUACGCCUCAUUUAUUCGUGCCUUGCUCAAAUCUGCUUCCUUUUUCGAGUUUAAAGCUAGAAGAGCAUGCACUAGCCUUUUGAUCAACCUGCAAUUGCUUAACUUAUCUUUUAUAUACUUGAUCAGAUUAUUCAGAUUUCUUCAAAUGGUCCCAAAAUGGAAAAUGGCAAAAUAAUAAAGCUAAUAAAACAUAAUUCGAUCUUAAUGUCUUCUCCUCCAAUGUCUGGAUGUCGACUUGUGAUAGGUUGCUGUUAGUUAAUAGGCUGUUUUCUUUGGUUGAAGGGUCCAAUUUCCCUGUACUUCCUACCACAUUUUCCCUCUGCAUUUAUUUUCUUAAAUCUUACUUAAAUAGAAUAGAACUUUUUCAUGCUGUAUGGCAUCCCUUUUCUUUAUUUUCUUCUUCAGACAUCACUAAACUUUUUGUUGUGUGCUGUCUGCAGUGAAGCUUGUACCAAAUAUAUCUCACUGUGCCAGAGACGAGUUGAUUUGAUCAGUCAAUGGAAGCUACGUGUCGAGGAUCAAGCUGUCCGGUCAUCAUGGGGAUCAGACAUGUCAAUUGAUUACUCCAAUGAAGACCCAUGUGGGUCCCACCAACCUUCUUUCCAAGGGAAACCCCUUGCAGGUCAAGAACAAAGAAGCCUGGACGCAACUAUCCAACCUCAAACUAGAGAACAUACAUCUUUCUCCCUUCCUGAACAGCAGAAUAAAGAGAAGGAAGGAGCUGUUGCUGAAUCAUCACCUGGACUACCAAGCCAAUCUUCCAGGCGGCUAAGUGUUCAAGACAGGAUUAACCUGUUUGAGAACAAGCAGAAGGAAAACUCUGGUAGCAAGUCAAUAUCUGUGGGGAAAUCUGCAGAGUUAAGGAGAUUAUCCUCUGAUGUGUCAUCUGUAUCUGCAGCUGAAAAGGCUGUGCUGAGGAGAUGGAGUGGAGCUAGUGAUAUGAGCAUAGAUAUAGGCAACGAAAAAAAAGAUGGAAGCAACACAGAUAGCCCAUUAUGUACACCCUCUUCAUCAUCUGCUGCCUCCCAAGCCAAAGCUACUGCCUUUUCUUUCUCAUCCGAGGAUAAUAGCAAGGACUUGAAAGGUUUACCUGAUCCCAGCUCUGCCUUUGGGUUGAAAGGUCAGGGUGAGUCGCAGACAACUAGUGUUGAAGGGAAGGGCCCUGAGUUAGAGUUGAAGGAUGAUAAAGUUAACUGGACAGAACAAGGGGUAUCUCAGGCUGGAGCGGGGAAUCUAGGCUUUCGGGAGGAGAGAUCUGUGGUCACAUCGGGUAAGGAAGACAGUUUGGGCGGAGAUAAGGAUCCUGUGCUGAUUGAAGGCAAGCCAAAUCAUUCGUGGCUUAGGGUCCCAGAUGGUGAAUUUGGGAAGAGAGUUGAAGACAUUGAGGUAAGAGAUCAUCUCCCAAAUCAUUCACGGCCUAGGAAUCAUGGUAGAUCUCUUUCAGGGCAGUUUGAAGGUGGCUUAGGUGGGAGACCGAAGAACUUUCUACAUAAAGAGGUUGGAGGCGAUCAGUCUGCAUCUCAGUCUCAGUGUAGAUCCUUUAACAGUGAAGCCGAGCCAGCAGGGAAGAAGACUGUUGCAUUUUCUGGGAGGGAAUCAACAAAGGGGGGAAACCUUGAAGCACCAACAAUAGUGAAGAUGCAAAAGUCAGUUUCUAUUGGGCGGGAUAGGAAUGAUGAGAGUGCUGUUCCUUUUGGAAGCAGCAAGCCAGUUAAUUUAGGUAAAAGAAUGCUGGAUUUGCAGGGAAGUCACCUUACUGCCCAAGCAUCAUCUAUUGAGCAAUUUCAAAGGGUAAGACAAUCAAAGGGAAAUUAGGAGCUGAAUGAUGAGCUGAAAAUGAAGGCAAACGAACUUG